UCCAGGCCUUGUUUAGUGCAGUGUCUUCUACAAUGGAAGUGAUCUUCAUUUCAGUGAAAACCUUAUCAGAAUAAGAUACACUAAGUUUUUUACAAAAUGUUCAGUGCAGUGCUUUGCCAAUGAGACCAAUCCUGAUCCGCGUCCAGGCGAGUGAACGACCCUAUUAAAAUUUUAACAAAACCCUCCUCCUAAACGCUAUAACACUAUUAGUGGCAGCAUGAAAAGUUUAUUAAGAAAGUCGCCCCAAUCGAUGAUCGCAAGAAGACCCAUAGAUAUUGGGUGACGUGGAGUUUCGAGUGACCCAAACGGAAACCUGCUUGAAUUUGCCAUAGUUGGAACAGGCAUAAUUAUUACUGAAAAGGAACAAGUAAUUCAUAUGAAUUGCCCUCAAAUGCCGGUUAAUGGCAAUUUAAUAAUAAUCGUCAUGCGCCAACAGUUGACGUUGGGUCAGCCAGAAAUCCUCGAACUGACCGACGGUCAGUCCAGACAGUCCGUGCGUGCACCAAAGACGCUACAAGAGCGUCGCGACGCCGUUUUUCUACGUGACCACAGCCGGCUUUGUUUCGCUCGCAGGCCCAGCUAAGCCGAUCAGAGCAAUGAACGCGGCCUGAUGAUGGACACAGUGGUUGCGAAACUGUCCAUGUCCUCCGAUGAGCAGGACGAUGUGGCCUUCAAGGUCCUCAACCAGGACGAUCUGCCUGCCAUUGCAGUGGUGGGGGAGACCAUCUUUAAGCCUUUCGGCAACGAUCCCAAGGUGAAACCCAACCUGAUCGUCCACCCCACGCGACGCGUGCAGACCAACUUGGAGGAGAGCAGACAGAGGGCGCUGGCAAAGUCGCACGGAAAUAUCAGCGGCUUGAGCAAGGGGCUGAAGAAGAAGAAGCUGAGCAAUUCGCAUGGCCAGCUCAACCACAACAACAGCAAUGCGGGCGUGAAACUGGACGAGCUCAGAAGCCAGGUGGAUGCGAAGUUCACCAAAACGCUCGACGCAAAGCUGCGUCGUCUGCAGCGCGAAGAGAAGCAGGGCAGCAAGAAGACGCCCCUUCAGCCCGAGAGGCCGCGCAAACCUUUUGUGACAACCGUGCCUCAAGGCACCUUCUUGGGGCCGCCCAAUGAGCAGGAAAAAGAAGCAGCAAAGCCUGGACGGGAGGAUGUGGAGAAACAGCCCAAGGUGGAGGCGAAGAAGCUGUUCACUUACUCCAGCCAGCCGCGCGUUCUCAGCCGAACUCCGGCCAAGUUUGUGCACGUGCAAAAGUGCGCUGCAGCCUUGGCAGCCGCCCAGAUUGCUGGGGCGGUGGCUGGCCUUCGAAACACCGCAGAAAAUGUCGAGCCACUUCAGGAACAGGAAAUGAACUACGGCAACGUGAUGUACGAUAAGAGAGUGUUCCGUGGCAGCAACUUCUCCCAGCCCCACUUGGGCGAUGGAGAAUCGGGAGCGGCGCGGGCUGCAGAAGCACGAAGAAGAGCGCUGGCCCGGAGGAAAGCGAAGAACCAGCACUACAAGGCCAACCAGCUGCGCCUCGGGUCGCCUCCUCCCGUUGCUGGAAGACGCCAUGAAAACAUGCAGACAGAGCAGUACCUAGAGGAACUUUACGUAAAUCCUCCUGUAUCUGAAAUGUGCACUCAAACCGACCUGUUCGUCGAAAGACCCGUCUCUCCAUUUUACGUCCCGGCCAAAACUGGGGCUGAUGUUGAAACCCAAAUUUACCCAGGCGAUCUGUUUGACUUCGACAUGGAAGUUCAGCCCAUUCUGGAAGUGCUGGUAGGCAAAACUGUGGAACAGGCGCUUAUUGAAGUGCUGGAGGAAGAAGAGCUGGCCGCCCUACGGGAGCAGCAGCGCCGAUUUUUGGAGCUGCGCUCCACCGAAACAGCUGAAGCCCUAAGGUUGGAGGAGCGAGAGAAAAGACUGGUCAAGGAGAAGGAGCGCCGAAUAGCUGAGCAUGAGGAAGGAGCGAAGAUCCAGAAGGAAAUGGAGGAGCGGAUUGCGGCCGCUGUUCUAAUGCAGGGCUACAUGGCAGAUCUUCUGCCCUCGGUCCUCGAGGGCCUGGAGGCGGAUGGCUUCUUGCUGGAUAACAUCAAAGAAGAUAUCGACGAGUCUUUCAUGCCGUGGCUGAUCAAAGAAGUCACAUUCGAGCUCCAAGACAUGGUUUGCAGCAGGGAUGUGCUUUCAGACCUGGUCAGGGAAAUCUUGGAGAACAGGGCGGAAAUCUACAAGGCCCUCAAUAAGGAGUCGUCCACAGACGAGACGGAAGAGGAAGGACCUUCAGUCGAGGACAUGAUCUUGCAGGAGCAUCUGAGAUUGCAAGAGGAAAUCAAAAAGGGCACUGAACAACCAGAUGCUACAAAUUAAGGAAAAGAACACCGCUGGUCCAUCCACCUCCUAGGCAAGAAGACUACCAUAUGUAUUUUCAAAUAUACCUAUAGCCUUUGAUUAGGGUUGCACUCCAUAUUUAUGUAUAUUUAUUAAAUGCUAUUUUAUUGUCAAAUUUGUUGAAUGCAAUAUACAGAAAUUGUUUAAA